CCAGCUCCCUCCUCAUCCGGCGGCGCCGCCGCCCCGCACGCGCUCCUCCCUCCGGCGGCCGGCGCCCUCCUCCCGCGCGCCCCGCGCCCCUUCCCGGCGGCCACGCGCUGCCACCGGCGACUGUGAGCGGGAUCCCGCGCCGCGCCGAGCCGAGCCGACGACGACCCGGCUGACCUAGAUACUUGUUGUAUGUGCUGAUUUUGGUGGUCUCCUGUGACCCAGCGGGAGUCGAAGUGCUUGACAGCGAGGAUGCCUGGUCUAGCUUUACCUAAUCAUGAUGCAGCGUAAUCCGCUACCUGCUUUCCUGAAAUUUUACUGUUAUGUUACCUUAUAUUAUGUUUCUUUUGCUUUGAGUGUCUCUGCGUUGCUGUUUUGCAAACUGCAAGGUUCUGUCACAAUCUGGUAGGUAGGUCUGGAAUCCAAAUUCCGUAUGAUUUUUUGGCACUGUAGAGGUAUACUGUUAAUAAACCACUGGAUGCUUUCAGUUUUACUCAAUGUUGGGAUAACCGUGUACUGUGAAGCAUGUCAGGUCUGAUGUCCUUGGGUUUAUAUGGGGUUCCAUGUGAGUUUUGCUGGAACAAUGGGUUCAGUUACCCCAGGUCCACAGAACAGACGUGUGGUCAGAAGUCAAGAGCUCAGCUAUCUCCAGAUGAUGAACUUUCCGCUAAGGAAAGUUUAGCAUUAUACUGCAAGCCAGUUGAGCUGUACAAUAUUAUUCGACAAAGAGCCAUUAAAAAGCCCCCUUCGCUUCAAAGAUGCCUUCGGUAUAAGAUAGAAGCAAAACGAAAAAAGAGGAUUCAGAUAUCAGUAUCGAUUUCUGGAAGCACAAAUACUCGAUUGCCAGCACAUGGUAUCUUUCCUCUCCAUGUUCUGUUAGCUAGAUCUAGUAAUGAUGCUCCAGGUGAAGGGCAUUCUCCAAUGUAUCGGUUCAGCCGGGCUUGUGUCCUGACUUCCUUCUGUGAAUCUGGAGACAGUGGCCACACUGAAGCCACAUUCACCAUCCCCAAUAUGAAGAGUUUAUCAACCUCCCAAGUUCGCAGCCUUGACAUUAUCCUUAUUAGCCGUGGCCAAGGUGGGCAAAAUCUUAGUGAAAACUGCUCAGAGAACCAUGCGGAGUAUUCUUCUCCUCAAAAGCUUGGAGGCCAAUGUUUCUGGGGUAAAAUACCAAUUGAUUCACUUGGUUCGUCUCUGGAUUCUGUAACUUUAAGUUUGGGGCAUACUGUGGAAUUAACUUCAGAAAUAAGUAUGAACCCAGGUUUCAUAGAGCCAUCACUUCUUGAGCAUGACAGUUGUUUGACAUUUUGUUCUCUAAAGGCAAAUGCUACAGGUUCAUAUAAACUAAAAGCAAGCAUAGAUGUACAAGAGGCUGGUGCAAGAGACAUGCGUUUAUCUCCUUACAAUAUUUACUCAUAUGAUGAUGUCCCACAGUCGUUACUACCAAAAAUCAUAAGGUUACGAACAGGCAAUGUGCUCUUUAACUACAAGUACUACAAAAAUUUGUACAAAAGCGAAGUUACAGAAGACUUUACUUGCUCUUUUUGCUUGGUACCAUGUGGAAGCUUCAAGGGUCUGGAAUGCCAUUUAACCUCGUCGCAUGACCUAUUCCGCUACGAGUUCUGGGUAUCUAAAGAGUACCAAGCUGUUAAUGUUAGUCUGAAGAUUGAUACCAGGAGAGAAGAGCUUCUGACUGUUGCAGGAAAUGAUCCAGGCAGUAGAGUAUUUUUCUACCGAUCAUCAAGGUUUAAAAGGUGUAAAAUAUCAGAAACGACAACUGAUAAGACGAAGGAUGUAUAUCCACAUAUCACGGAAUUAGGAUCAGCUGGAAUGACUGUGCCUGUGGACCAAGAUAUUGUGGAACCAAGAUCACCACGAAAUACAGUUCCUCCACCUGCACAAACGACUGAAUCAGGAUCGUCGAAAGAUGCCCAGGACGGGUCUGUGGUGGAUUAUGUCCCAAAGGAAAAUGGAAUCAAUGUACCAGAACGAACAGCUCUACAGUCUGAUAGGGCAAGGAAGCUCCUGGUUGAUCUAGAUGACCCCAGUCAUGCGCUGCUGAAAAAACGUGAGUUCUUCCAUUCUCAGAAGGCACAGAGAAUGGAGCUGGAUGUACUUUACUCAGAUCAUGACAGUGAAGACGAACUUGAUCAUGACAUCGCUGACUUCGAAGAUAGGACGCUGCUUGGUGGUUUUUCUGAUGUUGCAGAAGAGGAGAAGCGUAUCAUGCAUAUGUGGAAUUCGUUUAAGCGGAGACAGAGGAUAUUAGCUGAUGGUCAUGUACCUUGGGCUUGCGAGGCAUUCACCCAUCAGCAUGGACAGGAACUCGUGCAGAACCCUAGACUACGAUGGUGCUGGCGGGUCCUUAUGAUCAAGCUCUGGAACCACGGCCUGCUGAACGGCCGCACCAUGAACAUCUGCAACAAACAUCUUGAGGUCUUGGAAAGCCAACGCGCGGACCCCAAGCAAUCUUGACUUGGCAGGAAACAUUGGGCAGGUUGAGCAGGGCUGGUCCUCGGUUCCCGCCGACGGUCCAGGCGCCAAUGCUUGUGGCGUGGUGGGGCAACAUGACACACU